CGGGCAACUGAAUGUAAACAUGGUUGACGUGUAGAAGAUUCAGAAAACUAAUUUACGAGGACUAUGUCGUGUCAGCUGACUUCACUAGCUCACUUUAGCGACAUUUCAAAAGUUAAAAAAUAUCUUUUCCCAAAUUUGAAGGAGGAUUCACCAGAAAGGCUUCUAAAGAAUGCAGUCACAGAGGGUGGAGGCUGGGAUGUGGAGUGGGAUGACUGGAACGAGGAGGAAGAUAGUGAGUCAGCUUCCACACCAAUGGAGGAAGAAGCAACAUCAGAUUCCACAAUGGCUGACACCAAACAUGGCUGGCUACAGGACUGUGUCAUCUCCUUGUCACCAGCCAAUGACAUGAUUGCGAUUGCAAAUGAGCAAAAGAUAGUGCUGCUGUCUCAGAAAUAUGACCCCCAAAAUAAGGAAGCUGACAUUGAUACCAAGCUGACCAAAGUAUGGGAAGGGACCAUGCAUCAGGAGGAAGGAGAAACCAUCACAGCCAUUCUGUGUUUACCCUUAGCCUCCCAGAAAAGGAGUACACAAGGAGGUCCAGACUGGACGUGUGUUAUAGUUGGCUUCUCCUCAGGACACCUCAGGAUGUACACAGAAUCGGGAACACUCCUUUUGUCACAGUUACUUCACACAGAACCUGUACAGAAACUGAAGUGUCACACCUAUGAACCACCACGUUACCUGGGCCUAGCAGAACAGCAUGAAGAGCUUGUGAUUCUCUUUAAGAGGGCACUGGUUACCAUUGACGGUUUCAGUUUGUUUCAAUCUCUGCGAGCCUGUAGGAACCAAGUAGCUCGAGCCACAGCCAGUGGGACAGACUCAGCCCUCCUACCUCCUCCAUUGGCUUACAAAAAGUGGGGACUUCAGGGUCAGGAGCGGAUCCUCGACUGUUGGAGUUGUGGAGUGGGAACUCCAAACCCAUUUGACCAGAUGAAGGCUGCGGCUAUAUUAGGCGGGCCAUCCGCCACUAUCCGCCCUACACCACCAGCCCACUCCAUGUACCUGACGUCCGGCAUUGGACACUAUAUUGGAUUCUUCUAUGCUGUUGAGGGCAGUGCCCAGCCUAUACUGUCAGAAGUGGCAUUUGCUGUCGCCCAUAAACUCAAGUCUGCUAUCAUGUCUGCUGCAAGUGGCUGGUUAGGAUUCGGCAGUAAACAAAGAGAUGAUGACAGACAGAAACCAAAGAUAGAGCCAGAAACUCCUUUGUCACUCAGGUACGGACUCCCUGACAAGAGACGGCAAGGUGACAAUAUAUUUCUAUCACCCAAUAACAACUAUGCCGCCACUACAGACAGCUUUGGUCGGGUAACCCUCAUCGACGUGGAGAACGGCAUAGCGGUCAGGAUGUGGAAAGGUUACAGAGAUGCACAGCUUGGCUGGAUUCAAGUGAGAGAAGACAAUCUCCAUGGUAACCAUGACCAGGAGCUUGCAAGAGUGGCUCAGUUCCUCAUUUUCUACGCUCCAAGGAGGGGAAUUUUAGAGGUGUGGACUGCUGCCAAUGGUCCCCGAGUGGCAGCCUUUAAUGUCAACAAAUGGUGUCGUCUUGUCUGUCCGAGCUAUGGCAUUAUGGGACUAAAUAACGUCACCUGUCGUGGUGUCAAAACGAAGGUGUUCCAAUGUGCUCUCAUAGAACCAACAGGAAUCAUUAAAACCCUAGAUAUACCCUUCCACCUGGCACUCAGUGACAAGAACAGUAAGAGAGCAAGGGAUGUCCACCUACUGAAGAAACUGAAGACCGUGAUGAAGGAUACAUCAGAGGAGACGGAAUCUCUAGAAAACGCUGUGAAGAAUUUGUUAAAAGACAUGAAGAUAGCCAGUAUCAAACAGCAGGGAAUGGACAGAGUGUUAGGGGCUAAGUACUUAUCAGCUUCCUGUAUGCAGAGAAUCUUGAAGACGUGUUUGGAGCAGGUUACUAGUAAGGAUGAGGAUACCUGGGACAUUGAUACAAAGCUGUUUGUGCGAUACUGUCAUCUCCAUGACAACCUUCUGAAGAUUUACGAUGAGGUGAACACCAUCAACCAGACAACAGCCAAAACAACAUCAGCAGCGGACCUUACAGAGGAGCUGAUGCAGACGUUCCGCCUGAGUGAGUCAGAAGCUGCCCACAUCAUCACCCAGCUGGAACAGUACGAUAUACAGGUCGGUGGUAAACGGACAGAGAGUCGGCGAGUUAAGUUUGAUGUGGAGAGUAAGUUGAGUCCAGCUUCCUUCAUCAGCUGUUUCCACUGCCAUCUACAUUGUACUGACGACCAAGAAUCUAGUCAACAGGGAUCAGUCACCAUAGCAACAAGACUUAGUGACGAGAAACGGUCCAAUCUAGCCAAUUUCUUUUUCCAAAGUAUACAAAAAGAAACAACUUGUCCGAGUGAACUGAGCACUAUACUGCAAGAAAGCAAGUUAUCACCUCAACUUUUCAUGAAGCUACUUGUGAUGUUCUGGCUAUCAGACGACAACAGGAAACUGACCAUGACAUUAAAUUUACACCACGCCGUUAAGAGUUUAACAUCUCUAAUAGAUAAGAACACACUGAUAGUAGAACCAGGAGAGGUUUCUUCCUGGUGGCUCAAUAUACGGGAGGCAUGUCACCAUAGUAAUUUCAUACAGGCGGCCUACAUCCUGGCACUUGUGUGUAGAUCGGUGGCAAAUGAGGUCAUAGACAGUCAGCUGGAGUCAAAGGAUCCUGAUGCUGACAUAGAGAGUCGAGAUCAGGUCCCUGUCCAGCCCCAAGGGGAGCCUCCUCAGCCAACAGUGGUAGAGGAUAGUGAACAGUGGAACACCAGUGUUAAAAAACUUGAAGAUGUCCUAUGUCUCAGCUGUCUGCUCCAUAUUACUCAGUCAGAGGUCAAGGGUCAAGCAGUACCAGACCCAAUCAUAGUCUCUGUUACAAAGCUUAUGGAGGGAGGCAGAGGUGCUGUAUCAGAGCUGGUUGGAUGCUAUGUGACACAGUCCAGCCUCCACCCAAGUGAACUGUUUCUUCCUUGUCAUAUGUCGGAGAGCACAGAAUUUCAUGGAGAGGCCAUGGAAGUCACAGAGACUACCUUCCAGACAUUUAUAGAAAGAGUUCAAGGUCAGAUGGAGGUACUGAAACAGCGGCUGCCCCACAGUAUGGAGGUAGAUGUACUUCUGGCCAACUGCUGCUGGGAGAAUGUUGUCCAGUGGAACAAAGAUACAAAGUGUAUGAAAAACUUAGAGUCUUCCCUAGAAUUUCUACGUUUGAUACAGAAUGCUAUCCUAAGACAAGGUGUGGGUAGUCUACUGUGGCACAUGUUCAUAGCUAAGACAUUUUCUGCUGCUGCUCAUCUCAUGGAAAAGGUUGGAAAAGUACCAAAAGACAGAUUAUGUAGAAAGGAGGUUGGACUGACAGAGGGAAGCAUGGCUGGCUUUGUGGGCAGUGUAUGUGACCUUCUGGAUAUCAUAAUGGAGUCAUGUUCCACACCAGACUUUGGGGCCAACUGUGAAGCUAAUGAAGUUCCUGUAUUUAACAUAGAGCACCUCUGGCAGGACGUUAGGGGUCCCGCCUCACUUGUAGAACUGGCCAUCGACCAAAAGUCAACAAACUAUGGCUUACUGCGGCUACACUACCAGCUGGCGGUCAUGAUGCAUGCCAUGUUGGUCUUUGGCAUGAAGUCUGUCAAAGUUUUAUCAUUGUUUGACUCAAAGGGAAAGAGCUCGCUAUUUUUGGAUCUGCACCAACACCCACUUCUUCCAUCACAAAACAUAGAUGCCUUCAUAUCCAACAGCCGAAAAAAUUUCUUUGCACGUGUCAUCUCUAAUGUGGUUCUGUCACUUGAUGUCACCAAGCACAGUCAGUCCUCAGCAUCGUCAUCCGCUUCCCCUACAAGUCCAAACAAGAAGUUUGUAGAGGCUGCCACCAAGUGGCCAGCUCUCGUACUAGAACUUGCUAAGGACUUUGGCCUGGAUCUUGACUUUUUUAAACGACACCAUGUAUGUGAACUAUAUUCUGGAGGUCAUGAUAGGAUGGCUGAAGAGGUUCUGUCGACAGUGAAUGACCAUGAGUUGAUGGGCUCACAGCUUCUAUUGAUCGCUGGACACAGGACAGCUUACUUCCUCCUAGAUACUCACAAGUCUAAAGGGAUGGACUUGCUGACCACUGUGUCCCCGGCACUGCCCACGUGGCUCAAGUCCCUGGACAAAGGCCAUUUGCGUCAGCCCAAAGUGUCUGCUGAAGACGUCGCCAGGCUAGUCCAGCAUGUCGCCAACAACUUGCCUGAGGGUUACCCGGAGUAUGAACUAGCCAUUUCUUUAGUUGACUUAGUGCAAUCCAUGUCUUCAUUAUCAUAGCACUCAUUGACUUUGACCUCUUGUGACUUCACCCACACUUUAGCAUUAAUUCUAGCUCUCGUCCGUUAGUGUUUCCACCACGACAAACUCAUAUUUAUUUUAUGUGCCUAACACAUUACCAUCACGCAUGUUGUGACUGCAUCACAUACACUUUAUAUUUGGAUGCAGAAAUGCUAAUUCUUAAAUUUGAAUUUAUUUGUUAUCCUUGUCAUCUACACAGGUUAGAAAGAGAUUGUCAAAUCUUAUUCCCUUUACUACACAUUUCUAACAGAAAAAUAGUUAUUGGUAAAUUUAACUGUUUAGAAUACAUUUUAAGGAUUAGUGCUGCUAAAUGAAUAUGCUUGUUCCUGAUGAUGUUAAUAAGUCGUGUAUUAAUUUUGAUGAUGGUUACCAUACAUAUACAACCAACUCAACAGUGUAGUCCAAUAGCUGUAACAUCACCAUAUCACAAAACAUUUUGUCCUGUUACCUAGAGGUAGUAUGUCUGACCAACAACCAGUCUUUCAGAAGUGAGAAAGUCUAGAUAAGUUAUGGGUGAAAUACACAUCUGAUAACUUAAGCUUAGAACAAUACAAGCUUUGUCAGAACAAAAUCUUCACAAUUAGUUUUCAAAGAUAAGUACAUAUUAUGUAUACUGUUUAAGCUUGAAUAUAUGUUAUUGAUUAUUUAGUAAUAAUUACAUAAUUUUUUGUAAUUGAAUUAAGUUGUUCUGACAGGUUUGUUAUUGCUAAUUUUUUUAGUCUGCAUAAUAUUUGUUGGUGUGUGAGUGUUGAAAGUUAAAACUUAGUUAGCAUUGAAUGUUCUAUGCAUCAGUAUGAUUGUUUAGCAUUUCUGGGGAGUACUUUACAAAUAUAUGUUUAAUUAUAUAUUGUAUGCAAAUGAAAAAGAUUAAAAUAAUGCCAAAGGGUUAGAGAAUAUUAUACUGUUGGUAAAUAAUUCAGUUUUAGUUUUACGAUAGAAUUGUGCAAACAAGUUUAUCGCCCUUGUAUAUGAUAGAGAGCUAAAAUAAUUGUAAUCCCUGCAGUUUUAGAAAAUAAAAAAAAUUGACCCUGCAAAAUAAAAUUGUUAUACAGUACUUUUGCAGAUUAAAGCAUUAAUUACGGAACAUUUAAUGUGCAAAUUAAGUUGUUAACAAUAUGGUAAUAUAUGUUAAUUCAGUAAAUGUAUGCUACUGCCUGUGUUAGACUUAAUCUGUACACUAGGUUUGUUUAGAAAUUCUUAAAGUAAGAUAAAAAAAAAAAAAAAGUACCACAGCGUCAUAACACAAGGACAAAGAAAAAUGUACAGAAGUUAUAUAGCUCCUUAUAUACCAACAGGAAUCUAGUAACAAAGCUGACACAGUAUUAGUGGAAGGGCAAUGUGUACAUUAUACUGUUGUGUGUCCAUUGUGUAUUUACAUGUAUGUGGACAUUGAGUUUUUUUAGAUGGAAUAAUUUAUUAAACAAUGGGAUUUUUUUAGAUGUUCACAGAAUGACGGUAAUGUAUUUAGAUAUUGCUGUAUUUAAAGAUGCGUUAGGUAGGUCUACUGUUUAUAACUGUAGGGGCCAACUCCUACCAUGCUUACCCUUUGCUCACCUUAUAAUGACAUGUAUUGUAGAAAAACUAUAUAUGUGGUGAUUUUUAACUAUUUAACACUUGUAAGAAUUCUAUCAUUAGAAUAUGAGACUUGAAAUGUGUUAUUGCCAAUGUUUGGAUAUAGAAAUGAGCGAGAGGAAUUUUAUUUUCAUUUGAAUAUCUUUGAAUACUGAUGUUGUGUCCCAGAUGUGCAAUAUUUUCACACCAGAUGAUAUGGUUUUGUGUCACAAUAAACUAUUAAUUGAUACAUCA